AUGUCGGUAAAACUGUUUCUGCUAUUAGUUAUUUGUCAUCCAUUAUCAUAUGUUAAUUGUGUUCCGAACUUUGAGGAAGUAUUAAAUUUCCGUUUGGAUGAAAUUCCCUACAUUCGAAUGGAAUUACGCGAUGGUGUCAAUAGUGACUUUGAUAAUACUUAUGUUAAUUACUUCUUUAAACAAAAAAUUUGUCCAAUGAUUAUAGCAACUUAUUCCCUUAACAUCACAAAGCCUCCGCCCAAACGAAGGGAAAGUUUUGUCAUUGUUUCGGAUAUGGGAAAUUUACAGCAAACUGUUAAACUUUUCUCACAAACGGCUGGAUUAUUUUUCUUUAUAAUUGUCAAUGAAAUCGAUUUGUCGGAAUUGGAUAAUAUUUUUGGAAUACUUUGGAAACUCAGUGGAAUUUAUAGAACUAUACUUUUGACAUUAGAUGGUUUGAUGGUGUACAAUCCGUUUUUCUACAAUCCUAAACUUGGCAAAUUUGGUGGUAUUCAAAUGUUAGGAGAAAUAAAUAAAGGUCGUAUCUUUGACGAUAUGAACGGAUAUCCAUUGAGAGUGCAAGUUUUUAGGUCCGUCUAUUCGAGGCCGGUCUAUGACAUAGUUUUGAAUAAAAUGAUCAGCCAUGAAGGAGCUGAUGCUAUAGUGGCUUCAGAAUUGCAGAAAAACAUGAACUUUACUAUGAUUCUACAGAAACCGUCAAAAGAUUAUUUUGGGGAACGUGCUCCAAAUGGUUCGUACAAUGGAGCCAUUGCAAUGAUAACAAACUCAGAGACAGAUAUUGUUCUUACCGGAUUCUUUAUCAAGGAUUAUCUGGUACCACUAGAAUUUACCGCCACUGUUUACGAUGAUCAACUUUGUUGUUAUGUUCCAAAAGCGGCGCGUAUUCCACCAUCAAUUCUACCGAUUUGUGCUCUUCGCCCAAGUUUCUGGGUGGCCUUCAUACUGGCCGGAUUCGCUUGCGGAACUGUUUGGGCUGCAUUUCGGGUAUUGAAUUUACGAAUAUGUCCCGAAAAUCACAAGAAGCAGUAUUCAUUCAGAAAUAUCAAACUGCUCUACCAAUUUCUUCGAAUCUUCAAUGAUACCUGCGUGGUUUGGGUUAAGGCCAAUAUUGUUCGAUUUCCUCCAUUUAAUUCGGAAAGAAUUAUUCUAAUAUCAAUUUGCCUGGUUAGUGUGAUUCUUGGAGCAAUUAUUGAAUCAAGUUUGGCUACAGUGUUCAUCCAUCCAAUGUACUAUCAGGACAUAAAUACUCUGCAUGAAUUAGAUGAGAGUGGAUUGGAAAUUAUCUAUAAGUACACGAGCUUCAAGGACGAUCUGUUUUUCAGUGAAACCUCACCCCUAUUUGCUGCAUUGAAUAAGAAACUAAAAUACCUCGAUGACUUGGAUGCUGAUCUAAUUAAGGAUUUAGUCGAGAGAGGAGACAUUGCUAGUGUCACUCGAUAUACUUCGUUGAUUCUGGAGUCGAAUGAGUAUAUUCUAACGAAGAAAAUUCAUAUAAUUAGUGAGUGUCCAAAGCAUUAUAUGAUUGCCUACGUUAUGCCUAAGGAUUCACCAUUUGGUGAAAAAAUCAACGAAUUGCUUCUGAAAUUCUUGAGUGCUGGUCUAAUAGACAAGUGGAUAGCUGAUAUGCAUGAUAAGGCGGCUAGAUUGGUUAUGAAGGGAAAUAUAAUUCCACGAACUUCGGCUUUUAAAGUUUUAACAAUGGUUGACUUGCAAUUGGCUUUUUAUGUCAUAAUUGUGGGAAGUCUUAUAAGCAUGAUGUCACUUGGAGUUGAAAAGUCGGAUCUGCUGCUGAACUGCUACAAACCAUCCCAGCAGAAAAGAGUGGUGACUUCACAGUUCUGGCAAACACAAUCGAAAAGAGGUGAAACUCUGCAGCAGUUUCAGGCAGAUAUCAAGCGAUUGGUUCACUUGGCGUAUCCAACAGCUGGUAACGAUAUAAUGAAUCAACUUGCUGUUAAAGCCUUUGUGAAAGCUGUUGGCGACAUAAAUCUCCAAAGGGUUAUACGCACUGGCGGAAAGCGAACGCUACCAGAAGCAUAA